CUGCAACUGAGAGCGGCACGAUCCCUUGCCAUCUUGGUGCCACUUUAGUAAAAUCAGACCUACUAGAUUGAGUCUUCAAUUCGGCCGCCGGACAGUUUUUUACUCUUUGGUUUUCUUGCAAUUUGCGUUCAGUUAUUACCAGCUCGGAAAUGGAUACAAGAAAAAUUGCGGAAUUGUUGAGGGCAACCAUCGACCCGAACCAGCAACAGCAGGCCGAAGAACAACUGACACAGGUCCACAAAAUUAUUGGGUUUGCCCCUUCCCUGUUGCAAGUUGUGAUGGCUAAUGACAUGGACAUGCCUGUUCGUCAAGCAGGUGUCAUUUACUUGAAGAACAUGGUCACACAAAACUGGCAGGAAAGAGAGGUAGAAGCAGGCCAGCCUCAGGUGUUUCACAUUCAUGAGCAGGAUAGGGCAAUGAUUCGUGAUGCAAUUGUUGAUGCAAUGGUUCAUGCUCCUGAUCUAGUUCGUGUACAACUUGGGGUCUGUGUAAAUCAUAUUGUUCGGUAUGAUUUCCCUGGGAAAUGGACCCAAAUUGUUGACAAGAUAAGCAUUUAUCUUCAAAGUCCAGACCCUAAUGGAUGGAUGGGAGCUCUUUUAAGCUUGUAUCAGCUUGUCAAGAACUUUGAGUACAAGAAAGUAGAAGAGAGAACACCAUUAACUGAAGCCAUGAAUUUGUUAUUGCCACAAGUGCAGCAACUACUUGUUCGGCUACUUCCUGAUCUUUCAGAACAAUCUGUGCUUCUCCAGAAGCAAAUCCUCAAGAUUUUCUAUGCUCUAACACAAUAUUCUCUUCCUAUGGGACUGUUAACUAAACCCAUCUUCACCCAGUGGAUGGAGCUGGCACGUGCUAUAGCAGAUCGUCCAGUUCCCGAGCAAACUUUGUCAAUUGACGAGGAUGAAAGACCAGAACUUCCGUGGUGGAAAUGCAGGAAGUGGGCCAUGCAUAUCCUUGUUCGUGUUUUUGAACGUUAUGGCAGCCCCGGAAAUGUUAACAAAGAAUACAAAGAAUUCGCUGAUUGGUUCCUUAAAACCUUUUCUGCCGGUAUCUUGGAGGUUAUGAUGCGCACCCUUGAUCAACACCGCCGAAAAGUCUACGUCUCACCUCGCGUUCUUCAACAGACUUUGAAUUACGUUAACCAAGCUGUUGGUCACGCCUUCUCUUGGAAGAUGUUAAAGCCCCAUUCAGCAGCUGUCAUCCAAGAAGUUCUCUUCCCCAUCUUGUGCUACACAGAUGCAGAUGAAGAGCUAUGGCAAUGCGAUCCUCAUGAAUAUAUUCGAACCAAGUUUGACAUAUUUGAAGACUAUGUCAGCCCAGUUAUGGCUGCACAGACUUUGCUCCACACAAUUUGUAAAAAGAGGAAAGAUCAGCUUCAGAAAACAAUGGAAUUCCUCAUGCAGGUACUCACUGCACCAAAUGCUGAUCCUCGGCAAAAAGACGGUGCACUACACAUGGUUGGAAGCCUGGCUGACAUUUUACUGAAGAAACCACUAUAUAAAAGCCAAAUGGAGCAAUUGCUUGCUCAAUUUGUCUUUCCAGAGUUUUCUAGCGCUCAUGGCCACUUGCGCGCUCGAGCUUGUUGGGUCCUGCAACAUUUUUGUAAUAUUAAGUUUAAUGAGGAGACCAUCCUGGCUGAAGCCAUUAAUCUGACCCAACGAUCUUUGUUGACGGAUUCUGAAUUACCUGUGAAGGUGGAAGCUGCAGUGGCUCUUCAAAUGCUGUUAAGUGGCCAAGAAGAAAAAGCAGAAAAAUAUGUUGAACCACACAUUCGACCAAUUACGCUGGAGCUUUUGAACAUUAUUCGAGAAACUGAAAAUGAUGAAUUGACAACGGUUAUGCAGAAAAUCGUAUCAACUUACACCGAACAGCUUAUGCCUGUAGCUGUUGAGAUUUGUCAGCAUCUUGUGACCACUUUUGGCCAAGUCAUUGCCCACGACGAAGAGUCAGACGAGAGAGCCAUCACCGCCAUGGGGCUGCUCAAUACAAUUGAAACACUGAUUGCCGUCAUGGAAGACCACGAAGAUGUGUUGACCCAGCUAGAACCCGUUGCGCUGCAGGUUGUUGGACUGAUUUUCACACAGUCAGCUAUGGAAUUCUACGAAGAAGCUCUUUCUUUAGUCUUUGAUCUUACCAGUAAAAAAAUCUCUGCCGACCUUUGGAAAGUUUUGGAAAUGAUCUAUCAAGUUUUCGAAAAAGACGCCUUUGACUACUUUACCGAUAUGAUGCCUGCUCUUCAUAAUUAUGUCACUGUCGACACGGAAGCAUUUGUUAGCAACCCAAACUAUCUUUUGGCUUUGUUUAAUAUGUGCAAAGCUAUUUUAACUGGUGAUGCCGGGGAAGAUGCUGAAUGCCACGCCGCCAAGCUGUUGGAAGUUAUACUGUUGCAGUGCAAAGGACGAGUAGAUCAGUGUAUCCCCUCUUUCGUUGAGCUUGUUCUAUCUAGGUUAACUCGUGAGGUGAAAACAUCUGAGCUAAGAACCAUGUGCUUGCAGGUUAUAAUCGCUGCUUUGUAUACAAGUCCUAACCUAGUUUUAGAGACGCUCAAGCGACUCCAGGCAGCCAUGGGUGAUUCUUCCCAAUCACUGACUUCACACUUCAUUCGCCAAUGGAUUCAUGACACAGACUGCUUUUUAGGUCUCCACGAUCGUAAACUCUGUGUGUUGGGAAUGUGCACGCUCAUCACGGCUGCUCCAUCUCAUCCUGGCCUUGUUGAAGAGUGCGCACAACAAAUUGUGCCAUCUCUGCUAUUACUCUUUGACGGACUGAAACGUGCUUACGCCGCCAAGGCAGCUGAAGAAGAGGAAAAUGGCGACGAUGAAGACGAUGAUGAUGAAGAGUGUGAGGAAGUGCUCAGCUCUGACGAAGAUGAUAUUGAUCAUGAUGGACAAGAUUACUUGGAGCGCCUGCAGGAAAAAAUUUCGAAAGCUUCUGGUCAGUCUCCAUUUCCUAUCACUACUGUCAUCAAGGAUCUCCCUGGCGACGAGGACGAUGAAGAUGGUGACGACGAUGACGAUGAUGAAGACGAAGAAGAAGAAACAGCCCUUGAGGGUUACACUACUCCGUUGGACGUUGAAAAUUGUGAAAUAGAUGAAUACAUCAUUUUCAAGCAAGUACUAGAAGAAGUUCAAGGUACUAAUCCCGGUUGGUACAACGCUUUGACUGGAGCUCUGACAGGUGAUCAGCAAAAAGCCCUAAACGACGUAAUUGUUCUUGCUGAUCAACGACGCGCAGCCGCUGAAAGUAAGCGGAUUGAAGAGGCUGGAGGCUACAGUUUCAACCAACAAACGGUUCCCGAUUCUUUUAAUUUCGGAGGAAAUGGGUCUACUUCACCAUUUAGCAGAUGAAUGUUUCUUACUAACGUUAUCGUAUAAUUCCUUAUCAAUAUGGUUCUAUUUGAUAACAUCCGUCACUAUCACAUUUAUUGAUAGCUGUGCUUUGACCUUUUUUCAUCAAUGCCUGGUUUUCUUAUUGAAUCUGUCUGAUUAGGUUAAAUUGCCCAUUUGUUUUGUUUUUUUGGUUGCCUUUUUUUUUUUUGGAGGGGAAUUUUUGUGUUGUGCAUUUAGGCUUUGCUUGGGAAGGUUAAUCUAACUGCUGAUAAUGCGCUCUUUGUAGAAAGUAGGAACACUGAAUAGUUCGAUACUUUCUAUUCUCAUCAGUAGCAAAGCCUAGUCAUCCAUUCCCUUCCUCCUUCUGCUUGAACCGUGUAUCGUUCCGUAUGACGAGUAAAGAACGGUGAUGGAUAUUCAAGAAAAAAUUACAGCUGAAUGAUGAAACUUAAUAAAAAACUAAUGAUGGAACGCAAAA